GAGCUGAAAAAAAAACCCACUCCGAACAUUUCGUUCCUUGAAGUAUAAGAGAGAUGUUUAGCCUGGGAAGUGCUUUGCGAUGAUAUUGGCUCUGAGUCUUCGAAUAGCCUGAAUGUUCAUCUGUGACCGCGCGGCGCAACAGUGACUACGAGCCUCGAGAAUGUCUCCGGAGCGAGGUGAUUCGGACAGAAAACGACCUCGGUUGGCACCUGUGGCGGUCCUGGCAGAUUGUUUCGAAGCCGGAGUCGAACAAGCAACCGUUUUCGUGUCUCCGAUAACGGACAGAAAACUCAUAUCGGGUGUCAUCCAACGCCUGACCAAUGAGUCCCCCUUACAGAAAUUUCCUCAUUUGAAGCGCGUCCGAAGAACCGAAUCCGGAAUGGAAAUAAUCCUCUGCACAGACAAAGAUGAUCUCGCGAAACUAACCUCGAUCGAGGGAAUAGAUGUAGACCGUAUCAGAGAACACAAGGUCGCUCUGAACGCUCCCCUGACUCGGACCCAAUACCAAGAGAGCUCGCUACUCUGGCCUACUCACUUCCACGAAAACAAAGAGAUCGAGUCAAGCCUAGACGGCACAUUCUUCGAGGUGCAGGAGCUCCAGAGAAUACAUGAGCUCAUGCGCGCGACAAUAAUACAUUCCAACGAUGCCGAUAAAGAGGAUUCCAACGCUGUGACGAUCGUCAAUCCCGCAACGGACACCGUUCUCGCGAUGGCCAGCUCAUGCAGGGAUGAACAUCCUGCUCUUCAUGCAACUCUUGUAGCAUUGGAUCUGGUCGCUCGACUCCAGGGAGGCGGAGCCUGGCAGACAGGUAUCCCGACACGAGCGGUGGAGGAGGAGGCUCAGGUCCCUUUUGACGAAGAGGUCCCCUACAUAUGUACAGGUUACGACGUCUACAUGCUGCGCGAGCCUUGCGCGAUGUGCGCCAUGGCCUUGGUGCAUUCAAGGAUAAGACGGGCAUUCUACGGUGUCGCUGAUCCGAUUCAUGGAUCUCUCGGUAGCCGUUACAAGAUACACUGCCUCGGCGGUUUGAAUCAUUCCUUCAAAGUUUGGAAGAGUAUAAUGCCCCGAGAAUGUCGUCGGGCCCUCAAUCGAAUAAAUCUUGUCUCCUACUGA